AUUAGUCGAAGGGUAUUUGAUGUAAUGAGAAAUGGAUGCAAAAAAGGUGCUCUUGCUCAAGCUGGGACAAAUUUGCCAUUCUCAGAUAUUUCAGCAGGGAGAUUUGGGAAAGACAAUCACCAUGAACUACUGAACCAGAAUAUGAUAAAUGAAAACAUAGAGAGAAGCUCCAUACAGUUUGAACUAUAUAAAAGACAGACAACUGUUAUUGUUACAAGAGAGAACUUCUUAAGCGUUGUUUGUGACGCCCUAUCUUCUUAUAAAUAUGUGGGUCCCAAUCAAAGGGUUGACCUGCUUCUGGCAUGCAGGAUUAGAGAAAGAAAGGAAUCGGUUACAAUUCUUUUGUGUGGAACAAGUGGUUGUGGGAAGUCUACCCUAUCGGCCUUACUGGGAAGCAGAUUGGGUAUUACAACUGUGAUUUCAACUGAUUCAAUUCGGCACAUGAUGAGGAGCUUUGUAGAUGAAAAAGAAAAUCCACUUCUGUGGUCCUCUACAUAUCAUGCUGGUGAUUACUUGGAUCCUGUGGCAGUUGCGGAAGCGAAGGCCAGAAGGAAAGCAAAAAGACUGGCUGGUGUUUCCAACUCUGUUCUUAGGGAAGGGCUGUCCAAUAAUGCUUCAUCUGAAAAUUGUGAGAAACAAUCACCGGAUGGAGGCUCCGGUAUCGACCAAAUUGGCAAAAAGCAGAUGGCAGUUGAGGGAUUCAAGGCACAGAGUGAAAUGGUUAUUGACAGUCUUGAUCGUUUGAUUACAGCGUGGGAAAAUCGGAAGCAAUCUGUUAUUGUAGAAGGAGUUCACCUGAGUCUCAAUUUUGUGAUGGGGCUAAUGAAAAAGCAUCCUUCAAUUAUACCAUUCAUGAUUUAUAUUGCGAAUGAGGACAAACAUAUGGAAAGGUUUGCGGUGCGUGCUAAAUAUAUGACAUUGGACCCUGCAAGAAAUAAGUAUGUAAAAUAUAUUCGGAACAUAAGAAGGAUUCAGGACUAUCUCUGCAACCGGGCGAACAAACAUUUGGUGCCCAAGAUAAAUAACACAAAUGUUGAUCGUAGCGUGGCUGCAAUUCAUGCUACAGUUUUUAGCUGCCUGAGGAGGCGAGAGGCAGGAGAGCAACUCUAUGAUCCAAUCACGAAUACAAUAACCAUAGUUGAUGAAGAGUAUAGAAACCAAUGUGCUGCAAACUCACUGACUUCAAAAAAAAUGUUUCAAUUGAUACAGAGGCUAGGAUCUUCUAGACAUCUCAUAGCACUGGUUAAUACGGAUGGGUCUGUCGCUAAGGCUUGGCCGGUGGAGUCCAUUAAUGUUAAGGCAAUGCCUGGUUCAAACAGUGGAAGUGAGAGCUGUGUAGGAAGCCCAAUGUAUGGUCCCUUGAAGAUUGGCAAGGCAGAACCUAUUAAUCUUCAGUUUGGCAAUUAUGGAAUCAGUGCUUGGCCUAAUGAUGCUGGUGCCGCCAGUUAUGCUGGAAGCAUGGAUGAUUCAAGAGUUAAUGGCACUGACUCUGGUAGUCGAUACCUUUCUUCUUGUUCUAGCUCUCCUAGGGUUGCAGGGGGAGCUUCGAAAGAG